AUGUGUGAUACGGGAAAUCAAGGCAGCAAGAUACACAAGCUUAAACAGGAAAACAUCAGCAGGUGGUACUCCAAGAUCCGAGACCUGUGUGGAUUAAGCAAGACCACCGGCCCCAUCCCGGGUGUGACUCACCUGCCCGUCCCAGAAGCAGCUGAAGUCAUUAACACCCACUUCGCCGACAUCUGCCAGUCCCUGCCCAGCCUAGACCUCACCUCACUCCCCGCCUACCAACACACACCUGCACUACUCCCUUUAGUUGACGAGCAAGAGGUUGCCACCGCGCUCCUCAAGCUCAAAUCGAGACGCCCCAUUACUCCAGCUGACCUCCCUAUCAAGCUUUACCAAGAAUUCUUCACAGAAUUAGCCACCCCUCUGUGCUUCAUCAUCAACGCCUCUCUCCAGCAAAGUCAGUGUCCCGCAGCCUGGAAGACAGCCUACGUCACCCCCGUCCCGAAAACAAGCUUACCUCAGUCCCUUAGUGACUACAGGCCCAUCGCCAUCACCCCGAUCCCCAGCCUGCUCUGUGAAGGCUUCAUCUUUAGAUGGGCCUAUACUCACCUCGGCCCACUCAUGGACCAACAGCAAUUUGGGAACAUCAAGUCCUCCUCCACCACUCACUGCCUCGUUGACCUUCUCGAUUAUAUCUACAGAAACCUCGAAAAACGCAAAACAUCAGUGGCCCUCACCUUCGUAGACCUCCGGAAAGCCUUCGACCUCGUUCACCACACCACCGUCAUCACCAAAGUCAUCAAGCUCCACCUUCACCCCAGCCUGGUGUCCUGGCUCUCUAACUUCCUCUCCCACAGGAGUCAGGUCGUAAGGCAUCAUGAAGCGACCUCCCCCCCUCAACACCUCACCUGUAGGAGCCCUCAGGGGACCAGGAUGGGUCCAUUAUGCUUCCUGAUGCUUGAAAAUGACGCCAUGACGGACACCAGUGCUCGGUGGAAAUAUGUGGAUGACACCACCCUCGCCACCACCAUCAACAACGACAACCCAGAUUACAGCCACCUCUAG